AUGGCUGACCAGGAAUACAACGCCGAGGAGGCUGCCGGGCGUUUAAACGAUACAAGGAUCAACACUGACGACUCGUCAACAGAGCUCAAGAAGAAGCGUCAGUUCCGCAAGUUUACCUACCGCGGUAUCGAACUUGAGCAACUCCUCGACCUCUCCUCCGAGGAGCUCCGCGAUGUCGUUCACGCGCGCGCCCGCCGUCGCUUCAACCGCGGUCUGAAGCGCAAGCCCAUGGGUCUGAUCAAGAAGCUCCGAAAGGCCAAGCAGGAGGCCAAGCCCAACGAGAAGCCAGACCUCGUCAAGACACACCUGCGUGACAUGAUUGUCGUGCCCGAGAUGAUCGGCUCUGUUGUCGGUAUCUACUCUGGCAAGGAGUUCAACCAGGUCGAGAUCAAGCCUGAGAUGGUUGGCCACUACCUGGCAGAAUUCUCCAUUUCAUACAAGCCCGUCAAGCACGGUAGACCCGGUAUCGGUGCUACUCACUCUUCCCGUUUCAUUCCCCUUAAGUAA